AUGCGCAUGUUGCCAUCCAUGACUGGAUGCUACCAUUGGGCAAGAACAUCAUCCGAACCCUCUUCCAUGGUGUACCAGAAUCGGUUGUGGGCAAAUUCGUUGACACAGCGCUCGUCACCGCCGCUGGCCACUACCCAAGAUGAGUUCUCCGCCUUUGAUCUUUGGUGCCGACGCUCGGUACUCACUGAUACAGACCCUACACCUCCCGAUGGAUGCACUCAUCGAGCUCCGUUGCCCGUUGAUGUUUCGCCAUCGGUCGUGUCUAUCAGCUAG